AUGGAAGUGUGUGCAAGCCUACAUGUCCCCGAGCCACCGAGGCAGAUGGCAUGGCCCAGCAGUCCUGCGCAACCUGCCCUGGCUCUGGGGUCCAGGGUCAGCAGGUCUGGACGCUUUUGCCUUCCUUGUAGUGGAGCUGCGCCCCCCUCCCUCCUUCCUUCUGGGUGUGAAGACCUCCAGAAGGACCUCAGACCCCUUUCUCCCUUGUGGGGUCCCAGGACCUCUGUGGAUGAGACGAGGCGAUUGCUUUCUACAGAGACCCCUCCUAAGCCUGCGCUCUGCUUCCUGCAGACAGACCGUGAGCCCUGGAGGAUGGAUUGCAGCCAGAAGGGAAGGCAAAACAAACCUCAACACUGUGUUGCUGUUCAGUCGCUCAGUCGUGUCCGACUCUUUGUGACCCCGUGGACUGCAGCACGCCAGGCUUCCCUGUCCUUCACCAUCUCCCAGAGUUGGCUCCAACUCAAGUCCACUGAGUCGGUGAUGCCAUCCAACCAUCUCAUCCUCUGUCGUCCCCUUCUCUUGCCUUCAAUCUUUUGCAGCAACAGAGUGUUUUCCAAUGAGUCAGCUCUUCACAUCAGGUGGCCAAAGUAUUGGAGCUUCAGCAUCAGUCCUUCCACUGAAUAUUCAGGAUUGAUUUCCUUUAGGAUGGACUGGUUGAAUCUCCCUGAAGUCCAAGGGACUCUCCAGAGUCUCUUCCAGCACUACAGUUUGAAAGCAUCAACUCUCCAGCGCUCAGCCUUCGUUAUGAUCCAACUCUCACAUCCACACUUGACGAGUGGAAAAACUAUAGUUUGA